UUUUAAGGUAACCCUAUUAAUAAAUUACCAUGGCGGAAAUACCUACAACAUUGUAUGCUUUAUCAAACGUGACAUACGUGAUAUCAACAUUUUCAGUUGAGAUACCAACUUGGAAUACUCUGCACACCACAUGUCAGAUUUUAAACGCUUUUAUGCUUCUCUGUUCACUUUGGUUAUUGCUGUCUAUGGCUGUGUACGGUACAAACACGAAAAAGUGGAAGAAAAAAACUAGCUCUUCGAGCUUAAACAGCGGUAUUAUUUACACAUCUUGCGUUGCAUCUAUAAUCCUAUCGACGACAAAGUUGAUAUUUAAUUCUGUGUUUUUAAACAUACAUUUGAUUGACGGGGCUAUGGAUUGGUGCGAACUGGUAACAGAUAUUUCUAUUGGAACCGGCAUUAUCUGCCUCUACGCUAUUUACCUUUUCUUAUGGCUACGACAAAGAGUAAUAUAUGGACACCCUUGUGUACGUAAUUUAGCUGGUAAAACUAUUAAUGUACUGAGUUGGAUUUCGUUAUUCGGGAUCAGCUUGAUAUUUACCGGACUUCUGAUUGUGUCUGUUGUGCCAUUAGAAUAUACUUCUACACAAAAUGCAUGCAUACGAAAGGAAACAGAAUUGCGUAACAUAGCGUACAUUGUUCUAGCCGGAGUUCUGCUUCUUGUCCAGGGAUUGCUGCUAUGCCUGUUUGUUUAUCCAAUGAUUCGAAGCAGCUCAGUUCAAGGGAGAAAACAACAAAGUGUGGCAGAAUCAAAUCAAGAAAAUUACCUUACAAGAGAUAGGAAAUUGUUUUCAACCUGCCGUAGAAGUAAAAACAAAUCAAUUAUUAGAAAAAACAGGAGCACAGUUUCAAGAAUGAUUCGUCGAUCUGUUAUAUGUGCCGUUAUCACAGUAGUAACUGACAUAGCUAGCAUGACUUUUCUUGCUCAGCUUCCCUCAAGCGUAUCAUUCGCUAUAACGAGUUCAUUAUACGACAUCAGUAUUUUUAUAAACAUUUGUUGCGCGCUGGCAACUUUCGGGAAAGCUAAACGCAUUCUUCUUGCUCCAUUUUCUAUUUGUACAAAAACUACGCUAUCACAAACGUCGUCAUCAUUUGGAGAAAGCAUCGAUGACACUUCGAGACGUAAUACUACUCAGCCGACUGGAGAAUCCUUUGCCAAAUAUACGAUUGGAUUCAGACGGAGUGUCGUUAAUGAUCUAGAGAUCGAAGAAAGCUAGUCUAUGAACCCAAAAUCAUAUACUUGAGUGUGUAUAUGUAACUGCGUAAAUUGUGCAAUACACCUAGCUCAAAGAGUAGCAUAAGGAGGAUUCUGCGCGUGAACUCGGAAGGAACCAAAAUUCAUACUCUGGCACUGGGAACCCGAAUAUUGUUUGUGAAUCCCUUUUGUUAAUUGAUGUCAUUUGUUGGUCAUUGUUAUAUAGCACUGAGGAGCGUGGACUGUUUUAAUUAUAUUGGAACCAGAGUCGCACUCAAGUGAUACCCGCAGUUAAAAAUUUGAAAUCUCCGAAUUCGUAAUUUCAGACUUCCAAUAGUGAUAAUGGAAGCCAAAAUUUCCCACAUAGACUUAAAAAGCAUCAUUUUUGCUAGCCAUUUUCAUUAGACAAUUCAGAAAGGCUUGCAUAAUCCAAAGCAUCGUUAUCAAAAGUUGAUUCUCUUGGGGAAGGAGUGACAAGUGAUAUUUCCUUCAGCAUGGAGUGGAAAUCGAAAUUGUUGUUAACAAAGCUUGGGGUCGGGAAUGAAUUCUCCUUGACUUCACAGCCUUGUCAACGGCAAAAAAUUGCAAAGUCGUCGCACAUUAUAAUACAUUCAAGUAUUUCUAUUCUAAAGUUUCAAUAUUUCCUUUUGUCUAAUUUUCUAAUCCCGCUAGUUGACAUAAGCUAUUCUUGGAUGAAUGAUUUUUUGCGCCCUAGUUACCGUUUUGUUUCACGAAAUUGAUAUUUCGUCGAUGACAAAACUUAUAUUAUUGCAUUUUAUUUUUAAAAAUUGCUUCACUUAUAUAUAUACUUUUUCCCUGUUUCAAAAAUCACUGUUUGUUGUUGAAUUAAUUAUAUCGAAUAAAAUUAUAAUAUAGUAAUUUCAGUAACAUACUCACCAAUUGAAAUGAAGAUUCAUUAGUAAUAUUCUUGAUUUUAUAAAAACUUGUUAUAAUACCUCAAAAAUUUUUGCUCUCUCAUUGAUAAAAUUUCAACCCAAAAACGA